AAAAACUGGCCGGCGGACCGCGGGCUCCGCUCCGCGGACUUUUACGUUCAGCAAGACUCGGGCGGGCAUUACGGAGACAAGGUGCUUGGCGUGGUGCGCUCCGCUUGAUCACAUGAGCCGGUUUCAAGAUGGCGGCAGGGGUGGCCGGGUGGGGGGUUGAAGCGGAGGAGUUCGAGGAUGCGCCCGAUGUGGAGCCGCUGGAACCCACGCUCAGCAACAUCAUCGAGCAGCGCAGCCUUAAAUGGAUCUUCGUCGGGGGCAAAGGUGGCGUUGGCAAGACCACCUGCAGCUGCAGCCUAGCAGUCCAGCUAUCCAAGGGGCGGGAGAGUGUUCUUAUCAUUUCUACGGACCCAGCCCACAACAUCUCCGAUGCAUUUGACCAGAAGUUCUCCAAGGUGCCCACCAAGGUCAAAGGCUAUGACAACCUCUUUGCCAUGGAGAUUGACCCCAGCCUUGGAGUGGCAGAGCUGCCUGACGAGUUCUUCGAGGAGGACAACAUGUUGAGCAUGGGCAAGAAGAUGAUGCAGGAGGCCAUGAGCGCUUUCCCAGGCAUUGACGAGGCCAUGAGCUAUGCAGAGGUCAUGAGGCUGGUGAAGGGCAUGAACUUCUCAGUGGUGGUGUUUGACACGGCGCCCACGGGUCACACGCUGAGGCUGCUCAACUUCCCCACCAUCGUGGAGCGGGGCCUAGGCCGCCUCAUGCAGAUCAAGAACCAGAUCAGCCCCUUCAUCUCACAGAUGUGCAACAUGCUGGGCCUAGGGGAUAUGAACGCAGACCAGCUGGCCUCCAAGCUGGAAGAGACGCUGCCUGUCAUCCGCUCUGUCAGCGAGCAGUUCAAGGAUCCUGAGCAGACGACUUUCAUCUGUGUGUGCAUCGCCGAGUUCCUGUCUCUGUACGAGACGGAGCGGCUGAUCCAAGAGCUGGCCAAAUGCAAGAUCGACACGCACAACAUCAUCGUCAACCAGCUCGUCUUCCCAGACCCUGAGAAGCCCUGCAAGAUGUGUGAGGCCCGCCAUAAGAUCCAGGCCAAGUACCUGGACCAGAUGGAGGACCUGUAUGAAGACUUCCACAUUGUGAAGCUGCCUCUGCUUCCCCAUGAGGUGCGGGGGGCGGACAAGGUCAACACCUUCUCUGCCCUCCUCCUGGAGCCCUACAAGCCGCCCAGCACCCAGUAGCACUGCUGCCAGCCCCAGCCGCUACCAUUUCCACCCACUCUCCACCCCACCGGGGUAGAGUUUGCACAAAGUCCCCCCCAUAGUACAGGGGGAGCCACUUGAGGUGGGAGGCGGGGAGGGGGUCUGUUCCCCCUGGUGGGGCUGGGGUGGCUGUAGCUACCCCUCACCUCUCCCGCCUCUCGCUUCUCAAUAAAAUGAUCUUAAACUGUG